AUGUUAGCUGAACCUGUGCUCAGACACCUCACCGUCGACCGGAUACUAGGCGAUCUGGCCGCGGUGGUCGUCGUGCUGACUAUCGCUUACAUCCUCUACAAUCGAUUUGUACACUCACUUCGACACAUCCCCGGCCCACCUUUAGCAUCUAUCACUCCCUGGGUCCAACUUUACCACGGGCUCAAAGGCGAUCGACACCUCUGGCUCGAUGACUGCCAUCAAAAGUACGGUAGCCAUGUGCGCGUCGCACCAAACUUUGUCUCGGUAAACACCGAUCGUGGUCUCCACGACAUCUACGGACACGGAAAACGCCUCCAAAAGGCGGACUUCUACAAUGCCUUCCCCGCGAUCAAAGGCGUGUAUAACACUCACAACGCCAUUGACAAGACUAUGCAUGGCCGCAAAAGACGCGUUCUGAGUCAGGCGUUCUCCGAUGCUGCGCUGAAAGGCAUGGAAGAUGUCAUGCUGCUACAUGUGCGACAACUAUGCGCGGUCCUUGCCGGAUCCGGAUUCGAAGCAGACGAGUCGCAAGAUCGGAAGGGCUUAGUGCGCAACAUGGGCAACUGGUUCAGUUAUCUCUCCUACGAUGUAAUGGGCGAGCUCUGCUUCGGAAAGAGCUUUGACAUGUUAAUCACCGACAGUCGCCGACACAUGAUUGGACUGGUUGAUCGUGCUGCGAACCGGCACUAUGUGUGUGGUCUCUGGAUGCCUCUAGACCGCUGGAACCUAGACCAGAUCCUCAUCCGCCGCCUAACCCAAGAUCGAUGGAACUUCAUCAUGAACUCGCGCGUCGAAGCAAACAAACGCGCCCAAGAACGAGCCUCUGCCGGCCGCGAAGCAAAGAAAGAUUUCUUCUACUACCUACUCAACGCCAAAGAUCCCGAAACAGGCAAAGGUCUCAGCACGCCCGAACUCUGGGGCGAAGCAAACGUCCUCAUGAUCGCCGGCAGUGACACAACCUCCACCACCCUCGCUGCAACCCUCUUCUACCUCGUCCGCUCCCCAUCUGCCCUGUCAAAGCUCACCAAAGAAGUCCGCACCGCCUUCACAGAAGUCGAAGAUAUCAUCAGCGGCACAAGCCUAAACGAACUAACCUACCUAAAAGCCUGCAUCGACGAAGCCCUCCGUCUUUGCCCCGCCGUCCCCGGCGCACCACCUCGUGAAGUAAUGGAAGGCGGCGCCGUCGUCGACGGCAUCUUCCUCCCCGCCGGCACAGACUGCGGCACACCAACCUAUUCAAUCCACCGACAAGAAAAAUACUACCGAGAAGCGCAGCAAUUCAUCCCAGAGCGCUGGAUCGAGGGCGCAACCUGCAGCACACCAUCCGGAACAAGCUGGGAAAGCAACAAAGAAGACAUCGAGACCGCGCGCAGGGCAUUCUGCCCAUUUAGCAUCGGGCCGCGUGGGUGUAUCGGGAAGAGCAUGGCGUUUAUGGAGAUGCGACUGACGCUUGCGCGACUGGUCUUCCUUUUCGAUAUGAGUCUUGCGGAUCGGCAGGGUGAGGAUGAGAAGGGUCAUUUGGCGCUUGUGGAUCAUUUUACUAGUGCUAAGGAUGGGCCGAAUGUUGAGUUUCAAAAAGUUGUGCCUGUUUCUGUUGCCAACUAG